GGCAAAUUUCUGUAUCCAGAUAUAGAGAGAGAGAUAAUACCGAGUUCACUCACCCACAGUCCACUACAAGCACCCAAAAAUGGCGGUCGUCUCCACUUCUCUCGCCGGCGCCGGCGCUGUCACCAGCCAGCUCACUCACUUCUCCGGCCUCCGAAAAUCCUUCCUCAAGCUCGACACCUCCAGCGCCAACUCUACGCACUCGUUUUUCCAGAGCGUCGACUCGCACAUCCGCCUCACAUCCUCCGGUAAAGCAUGCCGCGGCGUCGUCGCGAUGGCAGGCACCGGAAAGUUCUUUGUUGGUGGGAAUUGGAAAUGUAAUGGGACCAAAGAGUCCAUCAGCAAGCUUGUGUCGGACUUGAACAGUGCAACACUUGAAUCUGAUGUUGAUGUUGUUGUUUCGCCUCCUUUCGUCUACAUUGAUCAAGUAAAGAAUUCAUUGACUGAUCGGAUAGAGAUAGCAGCCCAAAAUUGUUGGAUUGGAAAAGGUGGCGCUUUCACUGGAGAAAUCAGCGUGGAGCAACUGAAAGACCUUGGAUGCAAGUGGGUCGUUCUUGGGCAUUCUGAGCGGAGGCAUGUAAUAGGAGAAGAUGAUCAAUUCAUUGGAAAGAAGGCUGCUUAUGCCGUGAGCCAGGGUGUAGGAGUAAUAGCCUGCAUCGGGGAGUUGUUGGAAGAAAGAGAAGCUGGAAAAACCUUUGAUGUUUGCUUUAAGCAAUUGAAGGCUUAUGCUGAUGCUGUCUCAAGUUGGGACAAUAUUGUCAUUGCCUAUGAGCCCGUAUGGGCAAUUGGAACUGGUAAAGUGGCCUCACCCGAGCAGGCCCAGGAAGUGCACGCUGCUGUUAGGAAUUGGCUGAGCAAGAACGUAUCAGCAGAAGUUGCUUCUAAAACACGUAUUAUCUACGGAGGUUCGGUCAACGGAGGCAACUCUGCAGAUCUUGCCAAAAAAGAAGACAUUGAUGGAUUCCUCGUAGGUGGUGCAUCUCUAAAGGGUCCUGAGUUCGCCACCAUCAUCAAUUCCGUUACUGCCAAGAAGGUUGCCGCCUAGUUUCAGGAAGAAAUGGCUAAGAGAAUCAACCACGGCCCAUUUCACGGUAGAUCUCUGGCCUUGCCCUACAUAGGCAAUGAAAUUAGCUAUUACAGAACCUGUCAUGUAACAGAAUAUCACAUAGUCUCUCACUGGAAUAAAUGUUUUGUAGCACCACCAUUUUCAUAAAA